CUUUUUGAGACCAAAGGGGCUGUUAAAAGAAACAGGGAUUCCCUUUCUCUUUCUCAUUCCAGACGUUCAAAACGCACAACUGACACAAGUAAACAAAUAAACUUGCAACUCGGGCGGCCAACAAGAGAAGGGGGAUUUGACGAACAAAUGGCAGUGACGCUUCACACCAACCUCGGAGACAUCAAGUGCGAGAUCGCUUGCGACGAGGCCGCCAAAGCCGCCGAGAAUUUUUUGGCACUCUGUGCCAGUGGCUAUUACGAUGGGACGAUAUUCCACCGAAAUAUAAAGGGUUUUAUGAUUCAAGGUGGAGACCCGACAGGCACAGGCAAAGGAGGGAACAGUAUAUGGGGCAAAAAGUUCGGUGAUGAGAUAAGAGAGGCUCUCAAGCACAAUGCAAGGGGUGUGAUGUCAAUGGCCAAUAGUGGUCCCAACACAAAUGGAAGCCAAUUCUUCAUAUCAUAUGCGAAACAACCACAUCUCAAUGGGUUGUAUACCGUGUUUGGCAAAGUGAUUCAUGGGUUUGAAGUUCUGGAUCUCAUGGAAAAGACUCCAAUAGGACCAGGGGAUCGACCUCUUGCUGAAAUCAGGAUCAAUCGUGUGACAAUACAUGCAAACCCGCUCGCUGGCUAGGCUUUUUUCUGAUUGAUAAGUGUUGUAAAAAAUUUAACUUUUUCACCGGUGGCCCUUUUUUAUUUGCAGUUAUAGACUUAAACAGAAGUAAAAAAUACAAAAGGAAAAACAUAUUGCUAUCACCUGCAAAAUUGUUUGUAGCAGAAUUCAGUAGAACAUAGAGUAUCGGGUGAAUCCUUGACUCCAGCAACAACUUUUAAACAGUCUAAUUGCUUCCUCUACUUAUGUUUA